CUCGGAGGGAGGAAACAAAGAGGCCGCGGGGGCAGGGUGGCGGCCGGCCCGGGUGGAAAUACCUCGGAGCUGCACUGCAGCAGCUUCUGGUAUUUCCUUCCACCCACCCCCACUGAGGCAAUGAUUAACAAGACCGUGGGCAAAGAAGCAUCCUGUGGGUGUCUGAGGGCUGUGCUUGAGCCGCUCGAGAAGAAGCGGGGGAGGCGGAGGGGGGAGGACGGGGGGCGGGGCCAGCUGACCGACGCCUUGUUCUGGUUGGUUUGGGUUUUGUUUUAGUUGUGGUGUUUUGUUUUUGUUUUGUUUUUUUUUUCCCCCCCUUCUCUCUUCCUUCCGUCGGUUUCCUCCCUGGAGGCCGCCCGAUGAGUUAAAAUGGUGCUGAGGCUCGAGGGGAGCUGGUCGCUGCUGGUGGGCAAGAGGUUCCUCAGCCUGUCGGAGGAAGACGACAGGUCGUGGGACACCAGUCGCAUCUCGGAAUGGCCCUGGAAGUCAGGCAGGAUCCGAGCAGUUUCACACACGGACAUAUCCAAACAAGACCUGAAGAUUUGUGUAGAAUUUGAUGAUGAGUCAUGGGAAAAAAGAAGAUGGCUAGAAGUCUACAGCCAUAAAAUGAAAGCAUUCCUGGUGGAGCAAAAGCUGGUACUGGCUGAAAGAAAAUCUCAAGCCGGUUCGAUGUCUUCUGUCCAGUGGCCUGCAAUGACUUAUAAAUCCUUAGUGGACAAAGCUGGUUUGGGAUCAAUGGUUUCAGUACGCUAUCUCGGUGAAGAGAGAUGUGUUUUUCUUUCUAAAGACCUUUUGACACCCAUUCAGGAUGUGGACAGUUCCAGGCUUCCUCUGAAAGAUGAUCAAAAUGUUAAUGAAGAAAUUCAGGCUUUGGUUAAGAAACACCUAGAUGAAACACGUUUGGUACAAGGUGGAAAAAAUAUAAUUGGCUCAAAAAUUAGAAUUUAUAGCCUGGAUCCAUCUACUCAGUGGUUCACAGCAGUUGUUGUCAAUGGUAAUCCAGCUACAAGAACUCUAGAAGUCAACUGUCAGGAGAUUCCAGCUUUAAAAACUCUUGAUCCAGAGUUAAUUCAUGUUGAAAUCAUAUAUGACAACAAUGGAAAGUGUGAUAAAUCUAAAAGAAUUGGGGGCAUAAAAAGGAAGUCGUCGGAGAGUAGUGGGAGUGUUGAUGCUAAACACACAAAAUCUUCUCCUGAGGUUUCUCCCAGUCAGGGACAUGUGCAGUCAGUACCAACAGUGUUGGGUGAAGCAUUGCUAGGAUGUACUCCUGCUAAUAAAGACCAAAGGCAUCAAGGCCUGCCCCUGCCAGCUAACUCACCACCCAAUCUUGGUGCAGAAACUCCUCAGGGCACAUGUAGACGAAGCUUACCGGAAACUCAUCCUUCUUGUCUUAGUACUGGAAUUAAACCAUUGAAGGAAGAUCUGACGGCCUUUCCUAAAGUGGGGUUUAUAUCUAAAGAACAAACACAAAAUCUUAAUGAUCAAAAUGGUAAAUAUACCUCUUUGACAACCUCAAGAUCUUCAUCUUUGACUGAUUCAGCUAAUGAAAAAGGAACCAACCUGAAAAAUACAAAUGAACCUCUUAUGAAGCCCACAACAAACUUUGCAAAAGAGUGCAUUUCUGUAAAACAGUUGCAACAUCUUAACUCUUCCACAGCAAUACCCAGAGUCAGUAGCACUGUUGAACUGCAGCGGACUUUAGAUUGUAGACCCUCAACCUCAGAUGCUCAUCUUCUCUCUUUUGCUGAGUCUGGAGUUAAAUCACAAAACAAUUGCAAUAGCCAGAACAGCCACAAAGGAAACAAGACUGAUGAACUUACAGACAUGGAAUUUUUUAUUAGGAAAAAUUCAAAUGAGAUUCUUUAUGACAGAAAUGAAAAUGAAAGCUUUUGGACUGGAAGUGUCAAGAUCCAGGAUAAUAUAAUCGUUCGCAAGUCAAUUUUAGCAGAUGCUUCUAAAGUGAAGAAGCUGCAGCAAAGUGGAGAAGCAUUUGUACAGGAUGGUUCCUGCAAUAACAUAGCACCUCACUUGCAUAAAUGCAGGGAAUGCCGUUUGGACAGUUACCGGAAGAACAAAGAGCAAAGAGACUCCACUGUCUUUUGUAGAUUCUUUCACUUUAGAAGGUUGCAGUUUAAUAAGCAUGGAAUACUGCGUGAAGAAGGCUUCUUAACUCCAAAUAAAUAUGACCCUGAGGCUAUUAGCUUAUGGCUACCUUUAUCAAAAAAUGUUGUGGGUCUAGAUCUCGACACAGCGAAGUAUAUCCUAGCCAACAUUGGAGAUCACUUUUGUCAGCUAGUGAUAUCUGAAAAGGAAGUUAUGUCUACGAUUGAACCACAUAGGCAGGUAGCCUGGAAGCGUGCAGUUCGUGGAGUUAGAGAAAUGUGUGAUGUCUGUGACACCACGAUCUUCAACCUUCAUUGGGUCUGCUCUAAGUGUGGCUUCGGCGUGUGUGUGGAUUGCUACCGGAUGAGGAAGAAAAGCUUACAUGAAGAUGAUGAUUCAGAUACUUUCUCCUGGUUUAAAUGUGUGAAGGGGCAGGUACAUGAACCAGAGAAUCUAAUGCCUACACAGAUAAUCCCCGGAAAAGCUCUCUAUGAUGUUGGUGAUAUUGUUCACUCCGUAAGAACAAAAUGGGGAAUAAAGGCAAAUUGUCCUUGUGCAAAUAAGCAGUUCAAGGCACUAUCAAAGCCAACUCUAAAGGAGGAUUCAAAACAGAACUUAGUACCUGGAGAGAGGCCCAGCCUUCAACAUAACAGUUUUGCCCUGAGCCCACAAAUCACUACACAUGAUCCUCCUCUAAAGUCAGCAAUUGGAAGUAAACAAACUGCUUCAGUAAAUAUUUCUCCUUCAUUAAGUUGGUUAUCAAAUCUAACAAGUGGAAACGUGAAUAAAGAAAACAAAGAGAAACUCCUCAUACCUAUUUCAAAGAAUGAAAAUAAGCCUCUUCAGACACUCCCUAGUUUAGCUAAGCCUGCUGCAGCCCUGCAGACCUUCAACAGUGCAAUAUUAACACCCGUGAGCAACAAUAACACAGGCUUCUUGCGGAACCUGCUGAAUUCUUCUGGAGGAAAGACAGACAAUGGACUCAAGAGUACACCCAAAAUCCUUGAUGACAUUUUUGCUUCCCUGGUGCAAAAUAGAACCAUUACAGACUUGCCUAAGAAACCUCAAGGAUUGACUAUAAAGCCUACAAUAAUGGGCUUUGAUACUCCUCACUACUGGUUAUGUGAUAACCGCUUGCUAUGUCUUCAAGAUCCAAACAAUGAAAGUAAUUGGAAUGUCUUCAGGGAGUGCUGGAAGCAGGGACAGCCUGUAAUGGUGUCAGGAGUGCAUCACAAAUUAAACGCAGACCUCUGGAGACCAGAGUCCUUUAGGAAGGAAUUUGGCCAACAGGAAGUAGAUCUGGUUAACUGCAGGACCAAUGAAAUCAUCACUGGAGCUACCGUAGGGGAUUUCUGGGAUGGAUUUGAAGAUAUUUCAAGUCGCCUGAGAACAGAAGAAGGAGAGCCAAUGGUGUUGAAGCUUAAAGACUGGCCUCCAGGAGAAGACUUCAGAGAUAUGAUGCCUUCUCGGUUUGAUGAUUUGAUGAAAAAUAUUCCAUUGCCAGAAUACACUAGGAGAGGCGGCAAGCUCAACCUUGCCUCUCGACUACCCAACUAUUUUGUGCGACCGGAUUUGGGCCCUAAGAUGUACAAUGCAUAUGGCUUAAUAACACCAGAGGAUAGAAAAUACGGCACAACAAACCUCCAUUUAGAUGUGUCUGAUGCAGCCAAUGUUAUGGUUUAUGUGGGUAUCCCCAAAGGCCAGGCUGAUCAAGAAGAAGGUAAAGUCUUUCUUGUGUUCUGGGGGGGUUAUUUCUGUGGCUGGAGGGAAGGUCCCUUAGUGAACUGCUUGUGUUUACUCUCAACAGAAGUGCUUAAAACCAUACAAGAUGGUGAUUCUGAUGAAUUGACAAUUAAGCGUUUUACUGAAAGUCGAGAAAAACCUGGAGCUCUGUGGCAUAUUUAUGCUGCUAAAGAUACAGAGAAAAUCCGGGAAUUCCUUAAAAAGGUUGCGGAAGAACAAGGUCAAGAAAACCCUGUAGAUCACGAUCCCAUUCAUGAUCAGAGUUGGUACUUGGACCGAUCGCUAAGGAAACGCCUUCAUCAAGAGUAUGGAGUUCAAGGCUGGGCUAUUGUACAGUUUCUAGGAGAUGUAGUUUUCAUUCCAGCAGGAGCUCCGCACCAGGUUCAUAAUCUGUACAGUUGUAUUAAAGUUGCGGAAGACUUUGUAUCCCCAGAGCAUGUCAAACAUUGCUUCUGGCUCACUCAGGAAUUUAGGUAUCUGUCGCAUACGCAUACGAACCAUGAAGAUAAAUUGCAGGUGAAGAAUGUCAUAUACCACGCUGUUAAAGAUGCCGUCGGGAUACUGAGAGCUAACGAAUCCAGCCUUAGCAGACCGUGAAGCAGAAAGCCUUAACCACACACUAUGAAACAGAAGCGUUGGCAGCUGUUUUAAUUACUCAGUCAGGACCUCUGUGGACUUUGAGAUUACAUGAAUGUUACCUCAUCUUCCUUUCAGCAGUACCAGAGGAUCGUGGUACUAUGUUCUGUGUAUUCUUCCAAUGUUUACAAACCUGAUGUGUAUAUGUAGUAAUAUGUAUGGACUGUGGCAUACUGUGAAUGCUCAGUUGCAACAGAACUUUAUAUGGAGUUGCUCUCCAAACUGUACAAAAUACCUCCUAUAGAACUGUCGGAAACUAUUCCAAAUUACUCGUUUGAAAAAUAUUAUUCAAGACAUUGUAAAGCUCCACUUUUUAAAAUUUAUUUUGGGGUGGGAGGCAGUACGGAGUCACGUGAUUUAAUAACCAAUUUACAUAAAAUAAGAAUGCGGUUCUGGAAUUUCACAUUAACAUAGAACUAGCAUUUAAAAGUAGCUUUAAGCUAUUGUAUAGUAACAUAGAGAUGGGGGUUAACCAUCUUUAGGUAAAUGUAUUUAAAUUUCUAAAUGUUAAAAGAAACUUUUAAUCAAAUGUCUUCUGUUUGAAACUGCUCUUUAAUUUGAACUGAUGUUUGAUUCUCUGGUUUUUAACACUGAAUGGUCUACAUAAAAUUCUUCUAUUUCAGAUAUUGUUCCUUGCCUGGCUUCUUCAGUUGACUCUUUACAAUGUAAUUAAUUUGAUGCAGUGCUUUGGAAUGCAAAAGAAAAUAGUGUAUGGUGUGCAUACAGUGUAUGGUGUGCAUACUGUUUUUUUUUUUAAAGCAUCCAAGGGCUUAGAGAAUUGAAUUUAGUGACAGAUCUGUUCGUAGCUUUUGUUGGUUAACCAAAAGGUGGCUUCCAGCCAGUACCAGUACCGUGGUCUCUAUCACCCAAGUUUUGCAGCUUCAGUCUUAAAUGGCACACAGGUU